AUGUACUACCUACCCUUCCUCUCGCCUAAAAAGCCAAAGCAAGAUGUCUCAUCUGCGACAAAGGCCCAAGGCACCAAGAACCACUCCCCUCAAAGCGAAGGUUCUCCCACCUUCAGCGCAUCUCCAACUGAGACACCAUCAGAAGAGGAUAAUAUCCCAGACUCCCCCCUCCUCUCAGGCUCCUGGCUAGACAUCAGCCCCGAAUCCGACGCCUACACCCUCGGAUCCCACCAAACCUCUCACUUCCCCCAAGACGCCCAAGACUCCAAACCCCACCGCCCCCUAAGCAUAACACGAAAGUUCUCCUGCUCAAGCUCAACCUUCGAACUCCUCUCCCACAGCGCAAUCCAACACGAAAUGGAACUAGACGCCGAAGAAGCAGCCCGACAACAAGAUCUCGAACUCCAAAAGCUCAUGGAGGAAGAAGAGUUCCUAAGAAAAGAUGCCGAAGCGCGCGCCGCGAUCAGGAAACAGGACAGAAUUCAGCGGGAAAAGGAUCUAGAGGGGGGUAUGUGUGGAUAUGAACGGAAUUGUCCGUUUGGUGAUGGUGUUUAUUUUGAGGAUUUGAUCCUGGGUGAGGAUGGGAAUUUGAGAGAAAGGACGGAGGAGGAGGCUAGGGUGCAUAAGGCGAAGCGUGAGAAGGAAGCGGAGGAAAAGAGGGAGGUUGAGGAGAGAGUGGCGAGGGAGGCUGCGAGGGUUGAGGAGAAGGAGAGAGUGGCGAGGGAGGCUGCGAGGGUUGAGGAGAAGGAGAGGGUUUCGCGGAUGAGGAUUGCGGAGGAGAUUUUGGAGGCAGCGGGGGAGGAUGUCUGUGCGGGAGGGUGUUGGGGGUGUAAGAAUCUUGAGCAUGUCCGCGAGGCUGGUAACUCGUCUCAAGAGGGGCAGGUUGAUGGGUCGGAUGGUGAUAAUAUUGAAGCUUGCUCUCCUACAGUUGAAGAGGCUUCCCCGCGGUCUUCAACCGAGUCCUCCUCAAAGUCUCAUCACAGCAAUCAGAACGAAGCGAAGGAGCAGACUAGCCCUACCACAGCCGCGACCUCGCCAUUGCGUAAUACAGUAACUCGUGUCAUGGGUAUGAAAACUACUGGCCUCACUCAGUUGUUUGAGAAGAAGGAGAAAGAGAAGGACAUCAAGUAA